UAACAAACGACCAGCAAGUUGAUCGGAUUACUAAACAAAAGACCAGCAAGCCCUUUAAGUAACAAAAGACCUGUUAUAACAGCAGAGUGCACCCCUGUGAACAAGAGUGUAAAAAUGACCAAUCAAGAAGUGAAGCUUUUUGGUGUCUGGGAAAGCCCCUUCAGCAAAAGAGUAGAAAUUGCUCUAAAAAUCAAGGGAGUGGAAUAUGAAAAUGUUGAGGAAGAUCUUUCUAACAAGAGCCCUCAACUUCUCAAGUACAACCCUGUACAUCAAAAGGUUCCUGUUCUGUUGCACAAUGGAAAACCUAUUGUCGAGUCACUACUCAUCCUCGAAUACAUCGAUGAGACCUGGAAAUCGGGUCCUUCCAUUUUACCUAGCGAUCCUUAUGAACGUGCCACUUCACGUUUUUGGGCCAAUUUGUUAGAUGAUAAGUUGAUUCCUGCGGCGAUGAAGUUUAUCAAAAGCAAAGGCAAGGAACAAGAGGUCAUUGAUGAAAUAUGUGAGCUGCUAAGUAAACUAGAGAAUGAACUCGGAGACAAGAAGUUCUUUGCAGGUGAGAGUAUUGGGCUAGUUGACAUUGCAGCUAAUAUUGUAGCUCUCUGGCUUGAUGUUAUUCAAGAAGCUGUUGGUACGAAGAUUUUUACGAAGGAGGCCUACCCGAAAUUAUUCAAAUGGAUUGAUGAGUACAUGAAUUGCAGCGUUAUAAAAGAGACUUUGCCUCUUAAAGCUGAUUUACUCGUCCACUUUGCCCAGUCCGGCCAUGCAUAGAUCUGGUGUGGAUGCUCUUCCACUUGCUCCGCGGAUGGAAUAGUCAUGUUCUACGACAAACUAUCGUUUGAAUGCUUUUUAUGAUUGUUUUUAGUGAUUUAUGCUUGUAUGUUAGUAGCACGGACCUAAGUCCAAGUCCAAGGUCUGAAAUUCAGGAGGGCAGAAUCUUAUCAAGUGUUCUCAGAUCUUUAACUCCAUGUUUGGAGUUUUUACCUUGUAAUUUAUAGAUCUUAUUAUUCAAACCGAGUCACUCGAGCUCUGAUGUUUGAUUUCUGCAUCUUCACUUUUGUACAUCUGUUCACUUCAAUCAUACAAAAAAUUUGAUAU